UAGCCUUUACAAAUAGAAAAAUAUAUAGAAUGUCUAAACGUCAAGCUGAUCAUUCUGCUGCCAGGGACCAAAAUAAGUCUAGUGCAUUUGGUAACGGAGCCUCUCGUCAUCCCGCCGAAGAAAAGAACGCCAUGGGUGAAUUCGAGGACGCUUGGGAGGAUGAUAUUGAGCAAGACGAAGAAGUGAUUGAUGGUGAUAUGGAAACCAACGAAGAAGAGGAUGGCAUGGAUGUGGAUGAAAAGGAAGAACCUGAGGAAGAUGAUAAGGAGUUAAAGUUAUAUUUGCCAGGUCAACCUUUGGCCGAGGGUGAAGUUUUGGAAGCUGAUCAAUCUGUCUAUGUCAUGCUUCAUAACCUCGAUGUUCGUCUUCCCUUCUUGAGUUUUGAUGUUUUGGAAGACAAGUUGGGUGAAGAGAGAAAGAACUAUCCUGCUACUGCCUAUGUUGCUGCUGGUACUUCUCUUCCCGGAGACCGUAACAACGAAGUUUUAGUAAUGAAGAUGUCUUCUUUGCACAAGACUCAGCAAGAUGACUCUGAUGAUGAGGAUGACCCAGAUGCCUUGGAUGAAGAUCCCGUUCUUGAAUAUAGAUCAAUUCCUCACAACGGCUGUGUCAACCGUUUAAGAGUGAUGCCUCAACAAUCCGAGAGAAACAUCGCCGCUACUUGGUCAGAGACCGGUAAGGUGCAUAUUUGGGAUUUGACAACCGCUAUGCAAAGCUUAGAAAUUCCUGGUACACCUGCCAACACCACACAAAAGCCUUUACACACCAUCAACAACCACGGACGUGAGGAAGGUUAUGCUAUGGAUUGGUCUAGCCUCGAGGCUGGUCGUCUUUUAACUGGUGAUAACAACGGUCGUAUUUAUCACUCUGUUUUGACCUCUACUGGUAUGACAACCGACAAUGUUGCAUUUAGAGAACACAAGUCAUCUGUUGAAGAUCUUCAAUGGUCCCCUACCGAGCAAAACGUGUUUGCAUCUUGUUCGUCUGAUCAAACCGUCAAAAUUUGGGAUACACGUAACAAGAAGCGAUCUGCUGUUGGUAUCCAUGCCUCCAACUCGGAUGUGAAUGUGAUUACUUGGAAUAAAAAGGCAUCUUAUUUGUUGGCAAGUGGACACGACGAUGGUAUUUUCAGUGUCUGGGAUCUCCGUACUUUCAAGGGCGGAGCACAUCAACCUACGCCUGUUGCUACUUUCAAGUGGCACAACGGACCCAUUACAUCCAUCGAAUGGCACCCUACCGAAGAAUCCGUGUUGGCUGUGGCUGGUGCGGAUAACCAAUUGACCCUCUGGGAUUUGUCUGUUGAACCUGAUACCGAACAAGAAGGACGUUUAACAAAUGAAGGUGUUGAAGUUCCUCCUCAAUUAUUAUUUGUUCAUCAAGGUCAAGAAGAUAUCAAGGAAUUACAUUUCCAUAGACAAAUACCUGGUUGUGUUAUCAGUACAGCAAGUACCGGUUUGAACAUUUUCAAAACUAUUAGCAUUUAGAUUUUUUUCUUUUCUUAAUUUCGCCUCAACCAUCACACUCUCACCUUACCUCUCUUGUUAUUAUGUACCUCUAUUUUUUUUUUCUAUUAUUAUAUAAUAUGCCAAAAUAUAUUAUAUUCUCUUAUAUCAUCUCUCAUCAAAUUUGUGUAUU